AUGUAUUGUAAUGUGCAGAACAAUGCCGGUCCGGUGGUUAUAGCUUGGAGAACUUUCCAGUUCAUCAGCCCCAUCAUCACCUACAUGCGUGGGGGAUCCCAGCAGGUGGUGGUGAGGAUGCACCACGUGAGUAGGGUGAGAGGCCUGGAGACUCAACUGGUGUGGGCCAUCUCCAAGGAGACAGCCAGGCUUAGUCCAGAGGGCAUCCCCUACUGUGCCACCAAAGUGCAGUCCAUCACUUGGAUCCAGCGUGUGGCUGGCAGGGUGACCCACUAUGCGUCUCACCUCCGCCACGAGACGUCUGUGGACGUGACGCUUGGCUGCUACCAGCAGACUGAUGUCUCAGUGGUGUACACCACUCUCCACAUGGGGCUGGAUGGGCUUCUCUCCUCUUCAGCGUGGUCGGAGGCUGCCUCCUUCUCUACGCCCACCACUCAGCAUUUCACUGACCCAGAGCCUGAGGGCCACAACUGCUAUGAGGGCUGGGAGGAGGACCUGCUGCCUGAGGAGAGGGAGGUUCCUCUGCUAAACCUCUACCUUACCACCAAGAGAGUGGAGGACAUCGCCCUGAGGCUCGUCUCCCUGCGCCAGGCCUUCACUACCCUGCUUGGUUCCACCCUGAGCAGGAACCAUCUGUUUGUGGCGGGAAAGGUCCUCCUGGGCGCACUGGUUCAGGCCAACCACAUGGACGAGGCCAAGUUCAUAAGUACCUACAACAACUUUGUGGACUACCUGAGUGACCCCUCCAAGCGGAAUGACAUUGAGAGGGAGCUGGCUGAGGCAAAGAUCCAUCAUGUGAACAUGAUAGAUGUCCUCUUUGAGCUGGUGCUGUUUGGGAUGAUGACAGCUCAGAAGUCCCUGAUGGUGCAUCCUGGUGGGUUCGUGGAGCGUCUGUACGCUCUCCUGUACUCCUUCCUGCCCACUGCUGCCAACAUGGAGCCAGAGGCUGACAGAUACCUGCUGCAGCUCAGUGAUUUUUGUGACACUUUGCCACCCAACAGGGAUCUAGACACCAAUGCACUACAUUACUUUGCACUGAUUUUUACAUUUUUAAAUAAAAUAAGUUGUAGUUCAAAAACAUUUUGCCUCAAUUCGUCGGGGCAUGGACUCUACAAGCUGCCCUAA